UCGUUAAUGAUACUUGUAGUGUUUACAUGCCACUCCCAUUGGGCAACACAUUCAUCCUGGUACUGGUGGCCCUAGCCCUCUUGUCUUCUCAUUAAGCAGAUGAUCUUCCCUGCUACCCCUCGCUACGAAGCCAUCUGUAGGUACUGACCAUAGAUAUAAUAGGAUAAACAGAAUGGGGAUCUCUGUGGAGUUGUGGAGAGCUCGUAUUGGACUGUUCAGUGGUGGGAGGGGAUUACGACCACACAGUAAAGCUCCCUCGACAAAACACCAGCCUCUACACUUCAGUGAUACAGUGGGUACUACUGGGACACUUGUUCAAGGAGGCUUGCUUUUAUUAUUAUUAAUUUUCAAGUUUCUGUCUCAAGACAAAUCACUUUUGCUAAAACGCACAAGAAAUGUUGGUCUCCUGAUGAUUGCCAUUGUUGGGUUGGUCCACUCUCUUGCCCAUCUUUUGCUGCUAGCUGGAGAUGUUGAGAGCAAUCCUGGGCCACGAAUGAAUGAAGUCCUGAGUCUGCGUGGCCAUCUGAAGGACGUUUGCAGCAAGCUGUUCAAGGCUCGUACUGAAUGGCUCAAUAUUGGGCUGACUCUCAAUGUUGAUUACAAUACUCUUACUGCCAUCAAUCAGAAACAAUCUAGUAACCAUGGUGACUGUCUCCGAGAAAUGUUGGCUCAUUGUAUCCAGGCAACGGAUUCACUCACUUGGGAAGAUCUGUGCAGGAGUCUCAGACACAUCACAGUAGGACGCAGCGAUGUGGCUAAUGAAAUAGAAGGAUGUGUUUCAGAUGACAGACUGACACUUGAUGAUUUAAGCCAAGCUCACACUGAACUGUACAACUCUAGGAACAGGUGGAUUGAGAUUGGACAAGCUCUAAAUGUCGAUGAUGUCACGCUAGAUAGCAUCAGAAAGCAGUUUGCUAAUGAUGACAGUACCUGUCUUCGUGAAAUGCUUGCUCAUCGUCUGAAGUCAGGGCCUCCUCUAACCUGGGAGGACACACUGUCUAGUAUGCAGCAACCAUCGGCUCUUGUUGUCCAUGACCGACCUCAACAGAGACCAUCAGUGGACCAAGUGAUGACCUCACUCAGAAACCUGGGUCCACAGCAACAAGCAUUUCUGGAUGCUUGUGGGACGGGUAAUGUGGGUGUGGUUCUGGAGCUACUGGAGUGUGGGGCUGAUCCCAACCAGGCAGACAAGGAUGAUGAUUGGACUGCUCUUUACUGGGCCAGUAGGAAUGGACGUGAUGAGAUAGUGAGGGUCCUCUUAGCAGCCAAGGCUACAGUCAACACUCAGACCAAGUCAGGAGAGACCCCUCUUUGGACAGCCAGUUUCAAUGGUCAUCAGAAAUGUAUGGAGCUCCUAAUCGAUGCUGGGGCCAAUGUUGAUGUACCCAGAGAGGAUGGAGUCACUGCGUUGUGGGUAGCUGCUCAGGAGGGUCAUGAGAGGGCAGUGGAAUUGUUGAUUGCUGCCAAGGCUCAAGUUAAUAUUCAAAAUGAGGAUGGAGUCACAGCAUUGCACAUGGCCAGUCAGGAGGGUCACUGUGGAGUUGUUAGAAUGUUGUUGGAGGCCAAGGCUAACGUCCACAUCAUGGCUAAUAACAACCAGACAGCUCUGCAUGUAGCCAAUCACCAUGGACAUGAUGAGAUAAUGAGGGUCCUCUUAGCAGCCAAGGCUACAGUCAACACUCAGGAGAAGUCAGGAGAGACCCCUCUUUGGACAGCCAGUUUCAGUGGUCAUCAGAAAUGUAUGGAGCUCCUAAUCGAUGCUGGGGCCAAUGUUGAUGUACCCAAAGAGCUCUGGAUAGUGACGUUGCAUGAACGUAAUGCGGGUGGAGUCACUGCGUUGUGGGUAGCUGCUCAGGAGGGUCAUGAGAGGGCAGUGGAAUUGUUGAUUGCUGCCAAGGCUAGAGUUGACAUUCAAUAUAAGGAUGGAGUCACAGCAUUGCACAAGGCCAGUCAGAAGGGUCACUGUGGAGUUGUUAGAAUGUUGUUGGAGGCCAAGGCUAACGUCCACAUCAAGACUAAUGACGGAUGGACUGCCUAUGAUCUGGCUAGUGAGAAUGGACACACUCAAGUGUGUGAACUACUGCACUGACUCUAAUUAGGUGUUACCAUAGCAACUAUCCUCUGACACACAUGCUAUAUGUAGUUUGCACUAGAAUUAUCAUUUUUUGUCUUAAUACAAAUUUGCAUCAAUGUAUUCAAUAAGUAUUAUUAAAAAUC